UUUCCACUUUCCCCCCAUUUUUGGCACCAUGUCGCACAUCAUGUCUGGCUGGGUGCAGCGGGAGGAGAGCGGCCUGGUCAAGUCGUUCAAGCGGCGCUGGUGCGUUGUGCAAGACACUGCUGUCUGCGUCUACAAGGACGACAAGGACGUUCUGCUGCAGUUUGAGCACCAGCAGCCACCGCUGGACGUGCUGUUUGCCGAGGACAUUACCAGCGUGCAGCCGCUCGUCAGCCAGCAAGGGCAGCAGUUUGGCUUUGAGAUUGGCACGUCGCACGGCGCCACCCUCGCACUCCGCUGCAGCGAGGACGAGCACAACGAGUGGAUGGCUGCAAUCCGACUCCUCACUCGCCGCGAGAAGCCCAUCGCAGUCGCAGGCGCUCCCGUCAUGGACUUUGUCACCAUCGAGUGCUUCACUCUGCGCGGGAUUCGCGUCGACGGUUCCAUCGAGCCGCACAUUCUGGCAGUCCUCAGCGACUUUGACGGGCGUCCCAUCGACCCUGCCAAGCGUGCCAAGAAGAUUGAAGAUGUCCGAGGCUGGUUUUGCAAUAGAUUUGUCGCUCUCCCAGACGUCCUCAAUCUCAUGACACAGCACGAGUGGCAACUACAAAGCUGCGCUGCGGCCGAAAGUCAGACGCCAACGGAUAAGGCUGUGGUGCAAUGCCAUCGGCUCGUCUUCCACCGCCCUCGAUUGCCUUCGCCUGCACCUGCACCAGCACCUGCUACUUCACCAACCGGGUCGGCAUCCUCUUUCCCUAGUGUUAAACGAUAGAGCGUGUUGCUAUGUUCCGAGCUACCAACUGGUUUGGCCCUUCUCCGUUUUGUGUGUAGAUUGCUUUUGUGUUUGUCGUUUCAGCUCCAAGUACUUUGUUAUUUUUGCCACAAGUUGUUUCCGC